GUUCGUCAUCUCCCGUCUCUCGAUCUGCGUCGCCAGAGCCGGCAGACACCAUGCAAAUAUUCGUGAAGAACGUGGCCGGGGAGACAAUACCGAUGAUCGUACCUCAAGAUCUGUCUAUACGCAACCUCCGAACCCUACUGUCAGUGCGGACCUUGCUCCCCGAAGAUGAUCUCCGCCUUGUCUACGCCGGCAGGCACCUUCCCCCCUCGAGUACCCUCGCGGAGAACAACAUCCACCGGGAGUCAACCCUCCACCUCGCCGUACCACUCCGAGGCGGUAUGCCACCUAAGAAGAUCCGCUGCACGUACAAGGACUGCAGAGAAGGAGCCCAGAGAAUCAUUGGUGACUGCGGGUUUUGCAAUGGGCAUUUCUGUGGCAAGCAUCGUUUGCUGGAGGACCACAAGUGCGAUGGCUUAGAGGACUGCAAGAAGGAAAGCCAUGAUCGGAAUGCUGCGCAGCUCAACGCUGAACGAACACAGGUGAUCAGGGGCAUUUAGAGGGUG